AAGACAAAAAUGUAGUUACCUGAUUUUUUUUUUUUUUUUAAUGCCACAAAUACAGAAAUGACAAUGAGCUAGCAGGAGAAAUGAAUUCCUGGAAAGAGACAGGGCAAAGUACAAGAGAUCAAAUCCAGACCUUUGGUUAUGCUAGGAGCAGUGGGGACAUGAAGCCGCCACUCUUGGUGUUUAUUGCGCAUCUGCUGUGGUUCCGAGACUGUCACUGUGCACCUACUUGGAAGGACAAAACUGCCGUGCGCGGAAACCUGAAGGGUUUCUCAGGGGCGGGGGAGAUGGACGCCGGAGGAGAGGUGAAGAAGGCUUUGACUGGCAUUAAGCAGAUGAAAGUCAUGAUGGAGACAAAAGAGGAGGAACACGCGAGACUGAUGAAAACCUUGAAGAAGUGCAAAGCAGAAAAGCAGGAGGCCCUGAAACUUAUGAAUGAAGUUCAAGAACAUCUGGAGGAAGAAGAGAAGUUAUGCCAAGUUGCUUCUAUGGCUUCCUGGAACGAGUGCGCACCGUGCCUGCAAAGUAACUGCAUGAGGUUUCAUUCAACCUGCCAACCUGGUUCAUCCUCUGUGAAAAAUACGAUUGAACAGUUUUUCAAGAAAAUCUAUCAGUUUCUCUUUCCUCCUGGUGACGCUAUAGAUGAUCUCCCUGCCAGCGAAAAGCUCACAGAGGAAGAUUUACAAGUGACCCAGAUGGAGGAUGUGUUCAGCCAGCUGACUGUGGACGUGAAAUCUCUCUUCAACAGGACUCUUCAUGUCUUCGAACAGAUGCAGCAAGAAUUUGACCAGGCUUUUCAAUCAUAUUUCAUGUCGGAUUUAGACCUUACGGAGUCUCAUUUUUCUCCAGCGUUAUCCAAAGGGCCAAACAAAGAGGAUGAUGGACAGAGGUGGGGCAUUCCCAACUUCUUCCAGCUGUUUUGCAAUUUUAGUCUCUCCAUUUAUGGAAGAGUCCGUGAAACAGUUGCCAAGACGCUGAAUGCAAUGGGGGAAACGUGGAAACAAGACACAGGUUUGCACCAGGGAGUUCAGAAUUCAGAGAUGUCGCCUGAACAGGACAGAGGACUGUGUGAGGAACUUGGCCAGAAUGUAACUGGAUGUCUCAAAUUUCACAAAAGAUGCCAAAAAUGUCAGGAGUACCUGUCUGAAGACUGUCCUGAUGUCCCCGAACUCCACGUAGAACUCCACGAGGCCCUGCGAUUGGUCAACGUAUCCAGUCAGCAGUACGACCAGAUCGUCCAGAUGGCCCAGUAUCACCUGGAGGACACCGUGUAUCUGAUGGGGAAGAUGAGAGAGCAGUUUGGCUGGGUGGCUGAACUGGCAAGGCAGACUCGAAGAGCCCAGGACAUUUUUAAUUCAACGAAGCCAGUGCCAAGCCUGCGUGAAGGAAAUUCUUCCCCUGAUUUCACACCCAAGAUCCCGCGUCAAGAAACUGCUGAGGAUGCUAAUCCCAUGAACUAUGUGGUAGCGAAAGUUCUACAACAUUUUAAGGAACAUUUUAAAACUUGGUAA